AUGGCUCACCAGAGGUCCUCGUGCCCUUCGUUAUGCGAAGAGUCAGGAGUUCACAGCCUCUUGCCUCGGGCUCCUGUCCCCCCAGAGCUCAACCCGCAGCUGCACACUGAGCUACCUGUGCUCAGUGUGUUCCUCGACAACCACUGGUAUGACCCCGCCGGCAGAGAAGGCAGCUGGAGGCGUUCCUGUGCCAGCAAGAAAAGAACAUCUGAGAGCGACUCCUUCAGCGAGGCACUAUACACCAAGCGCAGGGCGCACACACGCGUCUCUUACUUUGCCGCUCCGAAAUCCCAAGUUUCACCCAAAGGCGAGGGAGCGGGACAGCUGCGCGGCGGGCGGGAGAGGCAGCCGGGGGCGUCGCUGUCCGCCCGCACCGCCCUUCCCACCCGGAGCCGGGGCACACGUUUCUCCGUCGGAGCCCCCCGGCACCCGCCGGCGGGGCGGGGCCGGGAACAAAGCCCGGCUCCGUGCCACCCUCCCCGCUCCGUCCCGCCAUUCCCGGCCGGCCUGGCCCGUUCCCAGCGCUGCCAUCCCCCGCGGCGGAGGCUGCCCCGGCGGCUGCGCGGACCCGCUGCCGCGGGGGGCGGCCGGGGCCGGCCGGGCGGGUGCGGACGAGGGGCGGGGCGGGACGAGCCCGGCGGCGGCCGCCGCUUUCCGCUCGGCCCGCGGGGCCGUGCGAGCGCCGCGCCCAUCCCGAGAGCUCCGGGGGCCGCCGGCUGCGAAGGCUGGGCACGCACGGGCGGGGCCGCAGCCAGGGAGAAAGAGGCGGAAGAGGGCGGGAGAAGACGGGGCGCGGGCCGCGGAGGGGCUGGGGGAGCCUUCGUGUCCCUGAGGCAACAGGGCCGGAGCCCGGCGGGGGGCCGGCCGCCAGGUGCCGACCGCACGCAGCACCGCCGGCCCCUCCUCACCUCUGUCCUGCGCGUCCCUCCGCGGUGGCGGCGGGUAGGGCCGCCCGGCCACACGCUGCCCUCCCUUCCUUCCCCUCCCUCCCUCCCGUCCCCGCCGUAA